UCGCAUCCAAUCAAUGGCCAUGUUUUCUUAUACAUACAUGCUAUUAGCAUUUUCAACUAUCAUUUUUCUUUGCCUUCUCUUUUGGUGGAGGAAUAGAAACUCUGUGCUUAUCAACUGGCCUAUUGUUGGAAUGUUUCCACGGCUUUUACUCAAUGCAUCUCGAGCCCACAAGUUUGCGACUGAUCUUCUUCAAAAAAAUGAUGGCACAUUCGUUUUCAAAGGACCUUGGUUUGCUGGCUUCGACUUCAUGAUCACCAGUAAUUCCAUGAAUGUUCAGCACAUUUUGAGCAAAAACUUAACCAACUAACACAGAAACCUCGAGUUCAAGCAGAUUUUUGAACCGUUGGGUGAUGGGAUUUUCAAUUCUGACGGAGAUUGGUGAAAAACCCAAAGAAGAAUAAUUCACACUUCGCUUAAGCAUAGAAAAUUUGAGCUCGCUCUCGAGAAAAUCAUUCAACAAAAAAUCUUGCAAGGACUAUUCAUGGUUCUUGAUCAUGUCUCAGUCCCAGGAGUUGAAGUGGAUUUACAAGACGUGUAGCAUCGAUUAACUUUCGACAACGCCUGCGCCUUGGUAUUGGGAUUUGAUCCAAAUUGUCUUUCAAUCGAUUUCCCUCAAGUUCCAUACGAGAAGGCUUAUGAUGUUAUGGAGGAGGUUGCGUUUCAUCGGCAUCUUAAGCCACAUGGCCUUUGGAAGCUACAAAAAUGGCUUCAAAUUGGAGAAGAGAGGAAGAUGAAAAAGGCUUGGGAGAUCAUUGAUCAUUUCUUGUACCAACGUAUUUCAAGAAAGCGAGAGUUAUUAAGCGAAAGCAAAAUCCAAAUAGAAGGAGAAGAUGACUUCGACUUGUUAACAUAUAUUUUGGUCGAAGAUGAUGAUAAAGGAGGAGAAAAGGGUGUCUUCAGAAAAUCAGAUAAAUUUGUGAGAGACAUGGCUUUUAACCUUUUGGCAGCAGGGAGUGAUACUGUAGCUUCUGGCCUCGUUUGGUUUUUGUGGCUUGUGUCGACACACCCAUUAGUAGAAAUGAAGAUUUUAGAAGAAAUAAAAGCAAAUUUAAGUGCAGAAGGAGAAGAGAAGUGGAGGUUUUUCAAUUUUAAAGAGCUAAGUAAACUAGUUUAUCUUCAUGCAGCUAUACGUGAGGCCCUUAGGCUGUAUCCACCCAUUCCUUUCGAACACAAAGAUUCAAUCGAAUCAGACAUUCUUCCAAGUGGGCAUCAUAUGGGUCGAAAUACAAGGAUCAUAUAUUCUCUUUACUCAAUGGGAAGGAUGAAGGAAAUAUGGGGUGAAGAUUGCCUAGAAUUCAAGCCGGAAAGGAGGAUUUCAGACCAAGGACAAAUCAAACCUGUUUCCCCUUACAAGUUCAUAGUAUUCAACGCAGGACCGAGGACUUGUUUAGGUGAGGACUUGACCUUGGUGCGAAUGAAAGCUAUUGCCUCUGCAGUGCUUUGGAAUUAUAGAUUUCAAGUGGUUGAAGAUCACCCUAUUUAUCCAACUUCGUCUAUGGUGCCUCAUAUGAAACACGGCUUGAAGGUUAGAGUUCUUCAAAGACGUCAAUCUUAGAAGAGCAGGCUAUUGAGUUCAUGACGAGUUUCUCCCUUUUGGCUAUUUAGAUUGCCAUUAGCUAUUCUAUUUUUCUGCUUUUAUUGUUUUUUUGUUUUACUCUUCUUGUUGUCGUCUCCUGUUUUCUUGUCUUGUGGGUUUUGCCUUGGUGUUUCUUUGUUCGUUUGCCUCUCUCCCUCCCUCUGUAUGCAUGCAUAAGCAAGUGAAUGCUAAUUAAUAAAAUCUUGUAUUUUAAAUUCA